CCUUAAACCUCUCUCCUCUUCUCAAAAAUGGCUAUCCUCCAAACCCACACACUUUCUCACCCAGUUCCUUCAUUUCCACCCAUCUUUUCUUCAUCGAAAAUCCAUUUUCAAAACUCACUAUUCUUUUUUACCACAAAGAUCAGACCUUUCACACUUUCAACACAACCAAGAAAGCUGCUUUGCAAACCCCCACUUGGCAAAUAUGUCAGAGAAGAUUAUCUUGUGAAAAAGAUGUCAGCUCAGGAAGUUCAGGAGCUAGUAAGGGGGGAGAGAAGUGUACCUAUAAUUAUUGAUUUCUAUGCAACAUGGUGUGGACCCUGUAUUUUGAUGGCUCAGGAACUUGAAAUGCUAGCAGUGGAGUAUGAGAAAAAUGCAAUUAUUGUCAAAGUUGAUACUGAUGAUGAGUAUGAAUUUGCACAUGAUAUGCAGGUUAGAGGGUUGCCUACUUUAUUCUUCAUCAGCCCUGAUCCUAACAAAGGGGCAAUCCGCACUGAAGGCCUCAUUCCAAUACAAAUGAUGCGGGAUAUCCUAGAUAAUCAGAUAUUAGAAGGACAAGACUGAUUAUUUGCUGCUAAAAGGAAUUAAGUUACUGAGUUUUGCUUCAAAGUGUUAAUACAUAUUUUCUUGGUGCCUAUUUGAUGCAAAAUGUAGUUCAAGAAGUUGUAUA